UGAGAAAAACCCUUCACACUAACGCUAUAUAGAGACACAAACCCUAAUUUUCUUACACCAGGUGUCUGCUCAAGCCGUCAAAAAAAUGUCGAAGCGAGGACGUGGAGGUACGUCGGGUAACAAGUUCAGGAUGUCGCUUGGUCUCCCCGUGGCGGCGACGGUGAACUGCGCUGACAACACGGGUGCUAAGAACCUUUACAUCAUUUCGGUUAAAGGAAUCAAGGGUCGUCUCAACAGGUUGCCUUCAGCUUGCGUCGGGGACAUGGUGAUGGCUACAGUGAAGAAGGGUAAGCCUGAUCUGAGGAAGAAGGUUAUGCCAGCUGUCAUCGUUAGGCAGAGGAAGCCUUGGCGCCGAAAGGAUGGUGUCUUCAUGUACUUCGAAGAUAAUGCUGGAGUCAUCGUCAACCCCAAGGGAGAAAUGAAAGGUUCUGCGAUCACUGGUCCCAUUGGUAAAGAGUGCGCUGAUCUCUGGCCAAGGAUUGCUAGUGCUGCCAAUGCCAUUGUCUAGGAUCGAUCAGUCACUAAUUGGUCUUUUAUGGCGUGCAUUUGAUUAUCUUUCUGAAUAUUGUUGGGAGUUCUAAAUAUAUCAAAAACAAAUUUGAGGAUUUUGGUAGUUGGUAUUUUGAUUUUCCGACAUUAUGUACGACAUUCGUUUAUUUUGGUUACUUGAGACAUUUCUCUGAGUAACGAAGAAAUGUCAAUGCCGAAACUUGAAUGUUAUUA